AAGGGCUGAAAUAUUUCUAAAUUUGAUAAUAAUUUAUUAAGAUUUGAUAUAAUGAUCAUUAAAAGGAACAAAACGGUAACUAGUCCAGAAUGUAUUGCCUAUCCUGCAGUAGUGGAGAAAGUUUAUGACUACACACCACAAGUUAUGCCUCCGCCUCUCCCUUUCAUUGCUGAUGCUUAUCAGCAAACAGAGCAGGAAUUUGGGUGAACAACGAACAUCCCUGUUUAUUAUGCAGAAGAGUGCGGGUUCUCAGGAUUCCCUCCUAGCGAGAUUAUUCAGUUCCACCCAGUUGAUACAUAUCCAAGUGCCCAAGAUUACAUAAGCAGUUUCAAGAUGACAUACUGCUUCUGUACCUCUCAUCCAGAGAAGCCGAUCGACAAGAAGAACUCUCCAACUGCUCAGAGGUCCAAAGAUAAGCAGCUUUCAAAGUCAGAAAUUAACUUGACCAUGCUGAAGGACUAUGACUGGGAGCCAGUCGAGAAGGAGAACCCGAUGACUGGUCACAAGUACACCGUCUUCAAGUGCACUUACAAAAACUGCAACAAAGAGAUGGAGACUACUUGGAAUAUGCUGGAUCAUGCAAGGAUGCAUAAGGGAGUGAAGCCCUAUGAAUGCCCAUAUUGCAAGAAAAAGUUUACGCAGAAGGGUAAUAUGAGAAAACACGCUAAACUCCAUCUUACUCCACAUGUUGAAGCUAGGAGAAAAUAUAAGUGCGAGUUCUGCGGAGGAGGCUUCACUGAAAAAUAUAACUUGAUGACUCACUGCAAAACCUUCCAUAAGAAAGAAUUGGCAGCAAAGAAAAGGGGAGAGCAAGAAGGGGCCAGGCCAAAUGAGCAUAAUAAUUUUAGAUAA